AUGAAAGAGCACGCGCGAGAAUCGGAAGGGGCAACAGCACUUUUAAAAGAUUGCCCAUCACCACACUACAGCAUGAUCAUGCAGUAUAUCGACGGGUUGCAAUAUACGAGUAUUCCGGAUUAUGGAUAUAUUUAUUACUUACUCAAGCAUGCCGCAAAGGCACAUCGUAUACCUCCGGAUCAAGCCCUCGACUAUGAUCCAGAGCAUCCGUAUGCCGGAACUGAAACGCCACCGGUUUGUCUGCCGCCUGGUGUAAUUAUAAAGCCGUUGGAACAUAAAGAUAUCGAAAAUAAGAAAGAAAAAUUGAUUGAACUUGAAAAUCCCCAAAUGACGGAGCCACAAACUGCGCAGUCGGCAGAGCAAGAAAAAUCUCUGAUGUCAAAGCCUGGAAACGUGCAGGUACCGGUCAUAGAAGCACUGCAAAUGCAGGGACCAGUAAAAGUUGAGGAGCCGCAGACAAAAAAUUCAGAAAAUGAAACGGGUUCGGAAGGGGACAGUGAGGAAUACAGCACAAACGAGCAGUAUCCUACGGCUGAUACGCAGCAUCCUACGGAGGACGAUAUUUCAGCUAAACAAGGCCAGCAGCAAAUUGCAAACGAUAUUGAUGCUAAAUCGGAUGUGCAGCAUCGCACAGAGAACGACGACGCAGCUCAACAAAGCCAAGAGCAAAUUACAAACAAUAUCGAUGCUAAAUCGGAUAAGCAGUAUCCCGCAGAGAGCGGUGCUUCAGCUCAGCAAAGCCAGCAGCAGCAGAUCACAAUCAUCUUGUCGAAAUUCGGCCAGCAGGUGAUGAAUUCACACAAACUCGAUCCGUCUCGCGACGAGAUCUCGGCGUUGUCCAAAGGAUUCAAAGAAUUUGCAGAAGCGCUUGAAAAAAGAGCAAACAAUUCGGGAGAGCGCAAGGUUUGCUUUAGUUAA